AUAAAGUCACAACCUAGGACUGAUAUUGACCUCUCAUUUAUCCACCAGAGCGUGAAAUGGGAGGAUCCCCCGGAUGACCAAAAUAAGGUUGUGAUGAAUAUGAAGGAUGAAACAGAGACACAUGAGACCAACAAGAACAGGACAGGAGGCAAGGCUAAACGUAAGUCCAGUGGCCGUGCCAAGAAGACUUCCGUGGAGGAGGACAGCAGCAUUGGUGCAGAGUCUUCUCAGACACCCGGGUGUGGUUUCCAGGAAAGGGGAUCUAUCAUUGAGCAGCUGGAGAAGGAGGCUCAGAGGACUCUAAUGCCUUCUCUCAAGAUUGAGACAUGCUGUGCCCCAAUCCUCCUCUCCUUCCUGAGGAGUCUAACUGAUGACCAAUGGAGAGUGAUUCAGCAUGGCAUGAAAAAUAACCUCACAUUCGAGCAGCUCUCCAUGCUGUGUCUGAAGAUUGUUAAAGCCGUGACCCAGACAGCCCUCCGCAUUCUCCUACCAGCGCUAGCUCGUAUCAUGGGGGUGAACCUGAGGAGUGGGGCAACCUCCCCAGAAUCCCAGUGCUCUCUGACAGGGUCUGAGGAUUCCUUAGGCAGUCUGGAUGAGAGAGAGAAAAGGCUGCUGAUCAGUGAGAUGAACUACUGGACUAAGGAGAGGAGGAGGAAUGGCAGUGCAGGGUGCCGCCAAAAAUCCACUCGCAGAACCUCAUCACCAUGCUGUUCGCCUAAGAGGUCCCAGACCUCAUUGCAGAGCUUGCCUGCAACUAGAGAGGCUCCCCUCAUGGAGGAGCCUCUGAAGGCUCUUUUUGGGGUAACGGAAGAGAGCCUCCUGAUAUCCCUGGUUGAGGGUCACUCCAACCCCACCUCCUCCAGCUCCUCCGAGUUGAGGUGUGCUAUCGUGGGGGAGGUGGUACACCAGCUUAACUCUGGCCUCUCAGUGGUCAUUCAGGCCAGCUCGGGGAGUUUCCCCCCUAUGGACAGUCAGGACAUAGCAGCAGGCAAGGAGGUCAUUCGGGUAGCCUCGGUGCAGAUCCUGGCCGAGCUACAGAGCCAAACGUCUGAGCCAGAGUGGGUAGGGUUUAUCGAGCCCCUCAUGGACCCUGUGACCGAUGAUGUGCUGGAUGCCAUUGUCGGCACAAUGGACAAAAUGGCACAGGACUUCAACAUCCUAUUGGAUCUGGCCAAGAAGAUGACAAUCUUGGGGUCAAAAUGUCUGACCAAUCUUCAAUGUGACCUUGAUGUUGAGUGUCCAUCUGGGAAAGAAAGGACCACUCACUUUCUCAAAGAGACUGGAUCCUCUACCAGUGUGGUGGCCAGAAAGAUUCAGACCCUCUCUAGCCCCAACUUUCAGUCUAAAGCCCUGAAGGCGGUGAGCACCAUCCUUACAAGGAAAGUCAGCAGCUCUUCAGGCAUGGCUCCUUCCUCUAGGCCUUCUACUUCUAGUGCUGCUCCUAGCCUUACUGAAGCUUCCCUGAAUACCAGCUGCACAGCCCUGACAUCUGUAACCUCCACUGCCACAGUGAUUGUUAAGGCAUUUGUGGGAGGCAUGGAGACGAUAGCAUCAUUUGAAGGCACAUGUGAAGCAGUUGAUUGGCCAGUUCCUGUAAAUGACCACAAAACAGGAUCUUCACAGAUGAUAACCUUCUCUCUAGCCCGCACACUCUACGGCCGUAUACGAGCAAAGCUGAGGGACCUUUUAACUCUAUCCGCUCGAGAAGAAGGUGUGGCUAAGGAUGCUUCUCUUCAGGAGUCUUCAGACACUCUGGAAAAGGCAACUGUUUCAACUGUUGAGGUCCAGUUACCCAGCACCGAACUUAGUAGAGUUCCCAGUGAGAGCCAACCAAUACCAGCUCUCUGUCUCUCCAAUCUGGAUACCAGUACUCAAGAAGUUCUUAGCAGUGUUUUUUCCAUCUACAAGUCAGAGUUAUCAAAAGUGGAGAGUAAAUCCUUGGCCGUUGUCAGUUCAUCUGAUGAGUCCCUAGAGGCUUGUUGGUUUGUUGAUGGCGUCCUAUCAAAGCUCGAUGACUAUACUAUUUCCCAGUCACCCUCACCCAAUGAAGACUUGAGUGUGAGUACUCAAUAUUCUCAACUGAGCUCAGAAGAGAGUGUCAGAAUCACGGAGUCCUCUACUAGUCUGAUUCAGAGCAUUAAGAAGCUCUCUAGCAAUGACUUCCAGACUCAGGCAGAAGAGGCAGUGAGUAAAGUGCUGAUGAGAUCCAGUCAUUCCUUUAUCACACAGAUCAGCCAUACUGGUCUUCAGAAAAGUCUGCAGGCUGGCUUAUCAUCUAGCUCACCAUCAGAGAUCCAUGUCCUUUCAGAAUCCAUGUCCUCCAUGUCCUCUGAGAAUACAGCCUCUGGAUUAGUGGAAACCUUUGUCAAAGGAAUAGCGACUAUUUUCCAGAAAAAUGAGUCCACUGACACUGUGCUACUGGAAAGAAGUGGGAAAGUUUCGCAGUGCUCCCACGGGGGCUCCCAACUGGAAGAUACUGAAUUGAGUGUUAAAAUAUCAGAGGAGAAGCUUUGGUCAACAGCUAAGACCAUCUGCGUCAGUAUGAAGAACACACUUAAGGAUUUCUUCACAGGGCUGAAGCCACCCGGAUCCGAAAGGACAGAAAAUGCUUCUUCCAAAGAGACCCUUGGGGAAAUCCUGGCUGCUAUCCAGAGUGAAAUCUCAAACUUAGGGAGAAUGAAGGAUUCCAGGGAGCUCCUUCAGAUCAAUGAUAUGGUAGGAACUAUACUGAAGGAGGGUGAGAAAAGUGAGGAUGACAGUGAACAAGUCUGCCAAGACAUCCCUAGAACCUGUUCAUCUUUGUCCACUUCUUUAAAUGGUCGUAGUUCCUUGUCCAGCUCUUCAAAGAGUCCUAGGUCAGAGUGUGAGUUAGAGAUCAACCUCCCUGGCACUCCCAUCCCUGACGAAGUGCCUUUUGAUCUGACCUGCCCCAUCGUCAGGAGCUCCUGCAUCGACACCAGGGUCUCUAAAAUGCCAGAGAUUUCUUCAAGUGACCUAAAGACAAAGAUGAUGGCACACACAGAUGAACCCCUGCAUCGUAACAGUCCAAUGACUGACAGCAGUCGACCGCCGAGUGCUAAAGCCUCUUUUCGAUCCUCCACUCCGUCUUUCACCAACAAGGGAACCUCUUUGGUACCAAAGGGAGAUGGGAUUGACAUUGAAGAGAAGGAGGUGUGCAUCCCCAGCAGCUCUGGCCAUCUGAGGGAGCUCUUAAUCACCCCGGACAUCAGCAGUGCCACUGCAUUCCCACUGCAGUACUUGAUGGACUCCAGCAAAGAUGAUGGCAUCUGUUUUGUCACCAUACUGGUGAUAAGGUUGCUAUCGGAGAUCAGACUCUCAGCCCUAGAUGGACCCUCCCAACAGGCAGCAGAUCUGACAGAAACAUGUCAGCAACUCAUCAGACAAGUCAUGUCUGAGUUCUGUGCUGCAUCCAGAUUCUCCAGGACAAAGGCAUAUUCCCAGAACCUGAACAUCCAAAGGGUGUUCAGAGGUGUACAUAAAAACCUCAUGGAGGAGUUUGGCUCUUAUAACACCCAGCAAGCAGCUAUUUCCUCCCAGGACCCUGCAUUUGACAGAGUCCUAGUAAAGUCCUUGACCCAGCAGCUGCUGGUACAGGAUGCAAGGAGGCGCUGCAACAGAGAGGGGGGCUGA